GGUUAAGCUCACAGGGGGUGGAUUCCACUGAUGUUACUUGAGUUCCUUUUGCAAGAAGAACACAGAAUCACAGAAGGAAACGAUCCCCAAAGAUGAACCUCGCAUGUGAAAUCUUAGCCAGCUUCCUUCUGAUUUUCACUGUUCCCACCAAAGGUGAAGACCCUGAAAGCACUGUCGUCUGGGGUGCCCUGGAUCAUGACCUCAACCUGGACAUUCCUGGUUUUCCAAGAAGUGAUAAAGUGGCAGAUAUAAAAUGGAACAGAAACAAAAACAAGAUUGCACGAAUAAAGAAAGAUAUGCCACUUCACAAUGAAAUGGACAAAUAUGAUAUGUUUACAAAUGGAACUCUGAAAAUUAAAACUCUGAUGAGAAACGAUAGUGGUCUCUAUGAGGUAGAGAUUUAUGAUUCAAAUGGAGUAAACCUACUGAGCAAAAAAUUUGAUUUGAAGAUUCAAGAGAUGCUCUCAGGACCUGAAAUUAACUGGAUCUGUAUCAACAGAACUGUGAGCUGCAAGGUAGAAAAUGGAAGUGAUCCUGAAUUACAACUGUUUUUAAAUGCGACCCGUGUCAGACAAGGUCGUCGGAAGCUCAUCACCUUCACGUGGAACACCAAAUGGAAUAAAACAUUCAAGUGCGAGGCGAGUAACCAGAUUGAUAAGAAAGUCAGCACAGAAAUCGUCGUGUGUCCAGAUGAAGGUCUGGAUUUGUACCUCAUCAUUGGCAUUUGUGUAGGAGGCACCGUCUUCCUCAUCUUCGUGGCACUACUCAUUUUCUACAUCAGCAGGAGGAAAAAACAGAGCCGCAGGAGAGAUGAUGAGGAGCUGGAGAUAAAAACACAGAGAGCGAUCCUUGAGGAAAGAGGCCGAAAGCCUCAACAGACUCCAGUCUCAACUCCUGCAAAUCCAGGCAUGUCCCAAACUCCUCCAGUACCUGGCCAUCGUUCUCAGCCCCCGACUCAUCGUCCACGGGCUCUUGGCCCCCGUGUCCAGCCCCAGCAGAAGAGGCUUCCUCCGACACCAGGCACACAAGUUCAGCAGCAAAAAGGCCCUCCCCUCCCCAAGCCUCGCGUUCAAACGAAACCUCCCUGUGAUGCCGAAGAAAACUCCUAACUCUGCCGCAGCUGUCCUCUUCCUCUCAUCAAAAGAGAUGAAAACCCGUCCUUUCCCAUAAAAGGCACUGUGGAAUUUCUCCACUCCGGGCGUGCACGCCCACACCUCCAUCCUCCAGCAAGGCUGCUCUCCAAGCAGACCACGAUCGCCUCCCCAGCCCGUGAGCCACAACCACGUGAGUCGGAGUCUGUGACUUCUAACGCAGCCACGCUGCCUGACGUCUGCAGUCUCUGGCCCCCUUCCCCAAUCACCCCUUCUCCAGGAAGGGAAAAAACAAUAAAAGUGCGCACACGAGUACUGGGUGAUAGAGCACAGAUUCCCUCUCAGAGCACGUGCCCAUGUCAGAUGUCAAGCAGUCACUGUGGCCGUGUCUUGUACAAGCAGCUUCCUGUUUGAGACGCUCUUGGUUUUCUUAUGUGCCUGGUGGACACUUGCCCACUGUAUUGGGAGUACCAGUGAAAUAAAAGCCUUGACUUGA